UCAUACUCAGAUGCGAAAAUGCGAAAUUUAAAAGCCUACAAGCCUUAUAAAGCAGACAGGCCAGACCUAAGGAAAGCGGAAAGCUUAGCCCGGCUUAGUGACAUUUGGGAUGUAUCAGAAAAAACCAUUGAAAGAAUUACCCGGCUGGAUACUUUUGAAUUGAAACCUUUUGGCCCACGACCUAAAACUGAUAUUAUGUAUAAAAAUUUUUCAUUUGGGGAAGAUUUGCAAGGACUGAUUUGGAAUUAUCACUCGAAAAAUGAACACUUUACUUUGGCUGACUUACUAAAGGGCGCGCGGGAAAAUUUUGAUUUUGAUAAGGGGAAAACUACUUUAUAUAACAUUCUAAAAUCCAUGGGUUAUAAAUACAAACACGUAAAUGGACGUAAAAUUCUUUGUGAACAAAAACAUGUUGCAUCCAAAAUUACAUUUUUGAGGAAAUUCUUGCAAUAUCAAAAUUCAAGUGAAAAUAUAACAUUCGUGUAUCUGGACGAAACUUGGAUUUUUCAAAAUGGAUCCAGCGUCCGAAAAUGGGUACACGAUUCUGAAAUUAAAAGUAAUCCGUCUAAAAUUAAAUCAGAACGGAAGCGUUUUACUGUUUUGCAUGCGAGGUCUCGUUUUGGAUUUUUGGAAGGGUGUAAUCUAUUACAAACUUCAAAUAGUAACGAUAGGGAUUAUCAUAAAACUGUGAACGGGGAGAUUUUCCAAAAUUGGGUGGUUAAUCAAUUACUUCCUGCUCUGAACAAAAUUCAAGGUAAAUGUGUGGUGAUCUUGGACAAUGCACCGUAUCAUUCGGUGCAGUUGGAAAAAUUACCCUCACGUAAUUGGAAAAAGGAUCAGAUGCAGGAUUGGUUGAUUAAACACAAUGUCAAGAAGAAAUGCGAGAGCAAGACACCAUCAGGCAGCUGCUCUAAGACUAAGAGGUUCCCCAAAGAAUACACAGACGGAAAACAAAAGACCCAAGGAAGAACAUUCCAAUGGCACCGUGGAAGCAAGAACUAUACUCAAGCGCAGUUAAGUAUCAACGCGGUCGUUGAGGGCAUCUCGGGUACGAUGGUACUGACUUAUCGAGCAGUGGUUAUCUUCUGAGAAUCUACACCACGCAUCUCCAAAAGCUGAUCCAGCCCCAGACUAAAGCUGCUCGAAGUUUAGACCAGCAUAUCGGCAUUUAAAUGUGGAAGUGGUUAUUUCAUAAAGACCACCCCCAGCAACCUGGUAUUACUAAGCUUAUAAUUGUAAAUAAUUUCAUAUAUA